UCUAUUUUAUCUAUUUUGGAUUUUUAAUAUAUAAACGUAUUAAAUUAAAUUGAUUUAACGAUAAUUAAUUAAUGGAAAAACUUAUAUUAGUAAUUGCUUUCGUUAUAGAGAAAAUCUUGUAGAAGCUGGAGUCAUUACCACCACCACUCUACACCUAUCGCCCCACUACUUUUUGAUAUAAAGACAGUUCGUAGCUUCAAAUGUGCAAGCAAGGAUGAUCGUUAAAUAGAUUACAAGGACGAGUUCUUCGGUUGCAUACGCACGCUCUGAUACCGGUUGGUCUUGAUCUUUGAUCGACUUCUUUUUAAAUUAAUACUUUUCAUGAUGCGUGAAGCCGGCAAGCGGAUGAAGGAGUAAGUUGAGAGGAGGAGGAAGGAUUCGUUAGGGAAGUAUAGUGAGGAAGAAGCUAUAGACGCUAUGGUGGUGGAGUGGUUGUGUCCUGGACUUAGGCCCACCGGAAGCCGUAGGCCCCGGCUCCUCCACUGCAAAGUGAUUCUUCUCGACGAGCAUGAAUUAUUGCAGGACGUAUUGAGCUCCAAUCUCGGCCAGGAAUUGUUGGAUAGAGUAUUCAGGCAUUUGAAUCUCUUAGAAACUGCUUACUUCGGUCUACGUUAUUUGGAUCACGAAAAUCAAACGCAAUGGCUAGAUCCCAGCAAAAAAAUUGGCAAACAGCUGAAAGUCCAAAAAGGCGAUCCAACCUCGGACGUUCAUACUCUUUACUUCGGUGUGAAAUUUUAUGCUGCCGAUCCAUGCAAACUCAUCGAAGAGAUUACAAGGUACCAAUUCUUCUUGCAAGUGAAACAGGACAUUCUGCAGGGAAGAUUGCCCGUAUCCUUCGAUCUGGCAGCCGAGUUAGGAGCAUACGUCGUACAAUCGGAGCUGGGUGAUUACGAUCCAAGAAGGCAUUCCUUAGGCUACGUUACAGAAUUUCGAUUCCUUGCGAAUCAAACGGCCGAGUUGGAGAAUCGAAUAGUGGAACUUCACAAGACACUCGUAGGACAAUUGCCGGCAGCUGCAGAACUGAAUUAUCUCGAUAAAGUAAAAUGGCUGGAGAUGUACGGAGUCGACUUGCAUCCAGUAUUGGGUGAGGAUAGCGUUGAGUAUUUUCUGGGCCUGACGCCAAGCGGUAUAAUACUCUUGCGCAACAAGACCAAAGUGGGCAAUUACUACUGGCCCAGAAUCAAUAAAAUCUACUACAAAGGUAGAUAUUUUAUGUUGAGGGUCAGCGAAAAGAAUUCCGAAGAGAGGACGCAUGGUUUUAAGACACCGUCUAAAGGAGCUUGUCGACAUCUAUGGAAAUGUUGUUUAGAACAUCAAGCAUUUUUCCGACUAAUGGCAACCGGUCCACCACCACUUAGUCCAUAUUCACGUUUUCGUUCGUACAGUCCACCAAGUGGUACUGAAAAGCAUGCUACUUCGAUCAGAAGAAAUCCACCACCUGCCUUUCAAAGGACACCUAGUCGAAGAGCUCAAAGACGAGUAGUCGAAGGACAAGAAAUGGUUGGUCCGUUUGUCGAAGGCCCAGCGACGAUUGGUCCAAAUCAAUGUAACAAUCCAGCUAGUUCUAACGUUUUGUGCAAUCCUCAAAAUACCAGACAACUUAGUAGUAGCUCCAGUCCAAGAAGUAUUAGAAGUGCACCUUGGACUCAGAGUCAACCUCGUGGGCUUUACACGUCGUCUAGUCCUCGGUCGGUUCGUUCAGCAGGAACGGCACCGGCGCUCUUGAGCAGACUCCAACGUAGGAGUAGCUCCGUUGAGAGCCAAAGUUCUGGGGACAGUCACAGUCGUGGUGGUCAUCGUAGAAGAAGUCAUAGUCAUAGUCAUCGGAGACAUAGUAGACAUUCCGAUUGCGAAUCAGAACUUUCUAGAGGAUCGGAUACGCGAUCAGGACAUCGGAAACAUCGUAGAAAGCAUAGGAGUUCUCGUUCUUCUAGACACGAGUUGGUAGAUUCCGAACCUCAAUGGAGAGAAGCACAAAGGCGUAAGGGUGAAGGCGUACAAAGAGCCAUCGUAAGUCAUACGGAGCCUAGAAGAAGGCAUAGAAGUAGACAUCGGAGUCCUUCUCAGAAACAACCCCUUCCGGAUGAGCUUAGAAAAUACACAUUUUUCAGACACUUGGAGUUUGGCCUAGUCGAUACCACUGGAAUGAGCGAACAGCAACGUCGAGAGAUUCCUUAUACGGUGGUACAAUCGCAAUCUGUACAGCAAUGUCCUCUACAAUCUAGCAAUUCUCGUUUGGACGAUGCAGAAACGUCGUCCCUACCUAGAACAAUCGGAUCGCUCGGGAAAAGAGACAGAAGAGUGAUUCAACAUAUUCGCGAUGGAAGUUAUAAUUUCCCUACAACAAGAUCCAGUCAAAUUGAGACAAAGUAUCCGGACGCUAGGAACGAGUAUAAUACAAGGAGGGACUUUUAUUAUACCCGUAACAACAGAAUAUUAAUAGGCAGUAACGUGGACAGUGGGCUCGGGGAAAGUACACCACAGGAGUUUUCCAGCUGCUGCUCAAGCUCUGCCGACAGCACUAAGCCUACUCGUGUAACGCAAUUGCAAUUAGGGGGAGAGGUGCACUACGAACUGUCUUCGAAUCAAGAUAUCUACCCUCCUGUUGACACUACUCUGGAUGCUGUUCUUCAGCCCAUUAUAUCAACCUUGACAAGGAGGCAAAGGAGCCACCAGAAAUGAGCAUGAAGCUUUAAAUAAAAUUCAAGCCGAAGUUUAUGCACAUAUUGUAUAUUUAAGAAAAUUUUUAUACCUCAUGAAAGUAAAUAUCUAUAAUCGUAGCAGUCACCGAAUCUUAUGAUAUGACACAUAAAGUUCACUAAACUGAAUGCACUGUGUUUACAUCUUAUUUAUAUUAUUUAAAAUGAUAAUCUUAUUCUUAUAAUAACCUUCCUUUUCUUCAACUGUCUUUCGAUGCCAUAUGCCUCAUAAGAUUUCCUAUAAAUUUUUCCAUUUUCUUCAAAUCUUGAGCUAUUUCUGUCUUAUAUUGUAGACACUGAAAUCAAGAGCUCGAUAGUUUACGAAUAUUUUAAAAUGUAAACCAUUUAAAUAAAUUUAUUAAUAGCGAUGAUUACUUACUGUACAAUUAUCUGUAAGUUUAAGCCAUAAGACACCUUUGUUAUGGCAAUAUUUCAUUGAAUAUCUGGCCUAAGAUAGAGGAAAUAAUAUAUGCUAUAAUCUGAUAUUUGAAUAUUCUGGAAAUACGAUUAACUAAACCAUUAUAUAUCGAUCGAUCAAAGCCCAUGCAUGAAUAUGUAUACUUAUUAAACGCAAAAAGUGCAAUGAUUAUUGUUAACAUUUAAAAUGUAUCUCUUAUGUCUGAAUGUAUACUUCUUGCUAUUAAAUCUUACAACACAA